GUGAUGUCUGCCUCCUCCUGACCACCCUGGGGGCGCAGCUGAAGUUGAUGGAUGAGGAUCAGAAAAUCCAGUCAGUGGACCUUGUGACAUUCCUGACCGAUGCGACCUUGCCCCGAGUGGGCGCAAAGCCGCAAAUCAUCCACUCAGUGACGAUUCCUUUCCCAGGUUCCAACAGCUUCCUCGAUACCUUCAAGAUCAUGCGAAGGCAUAUGAACACACACGCCGAGCUGAAUGCGGGCUUUGUGUUCGAGUUUGCUGCAGAUGGUGGUGUGGGCAUUUCUGAUGUGAGGAUGGUCUUCGGCAACGUGGAGCACAAGCCAUUCGUGGCGGACACCUCGGUUAAGGCGCUCCGCGGCCAGUCUCUGACCUCGGCCACCAUCGAAAGUGUGGGCAAGGUGCUGCGAGCUGAGAUCGAGGCCCACAUCCAAGAGCCAUCUGUCCCGGAGCCGCCCUUCCUGGUGGUGGACAAGGAGUAUCGUGUGAAUCUCGCCUGCAACCUCUUUGCGAAGGCUGCGCUGAGGGCCCGUCAGGCGCGCGGCGCGGCGCUGACGCCGGAGGAGUUGAGCGCCGUCGCGGCGCCGGAGAGGGCCGAGUGCUCGGGCGACCAGAAGUUCACGGUGGAUGCCACAACAGCACCAAUCGGACAGCCUUUGGAGAAGUUCCAGGCUUUGGACCAAGCUUGCGGCACCGCGCAGUACGUCGCAGACGAGCCGAUCCGGCCCCGCACACUCUUCGGCGUUCCCGUGCUUGCUGAGAAAGUGGCCGUGGUCAAGUGCAUCGAUGUGGUGGAGUGUAUGGAGGUGGCCGGCGUCACGAGCUUCAUCUCGGCCGCCGACCUCAAAGAGCUAGGUGCCGAGAACGACCUCAAGCCCGCCUUCCCAGCGAAGAUCUUCGCUGACCAGACAGCGCCCACCAAGCACGUCGCUCAGUUUGUUGGCAUGGUGCUGGCUGAUACCUUGGAGGCAGCCCGACGCGGCGCGGGACUUGUGCAUGUGGAGUAUGCAGAGGACGCCGCACCAGUUGUGAAGGUGGCAGAUGCGGUCAAGCUCGGAAAGGUGGAGGAGAAGCAUGGGCCACUCCGCGUGGGCAAAGCCGGGGGCGCAGCAGACGUGGCCACGGUGGAAGGCAAGCUCGUCUCUGCCGGGCAAAAGCACUUCUACCUGGAGACCCAGACAACCUACGCCUACCCGGACGGCACUGGCGGACUGGUCGUGAACAGCUCCUGCCAAGUCCUGGACUGGGCGCAGACAAUGCUUUGCAAGGUCUUGCACAUGCCCAAGAGUAAGAUCACCUUGCAGAACCAGCGCCUGGGUGGGGCCUAUGGUGGGAAGGCAGCACUCUUUGCACCGGUCUGCGCCGCCACGGCCGUGGCGGCGCUGCGCACCAAGCGCCCCGUGCUGGUGCAGCUGGACAGGACGCCCGACUUCCGCGCGCUGGGUGCCCGUGCACCCUUCGACGCCUCAUGGACGUGCAGCUAUGAUGUGUCCAGCGGGAAAAUCAGCACCCUGAAGCAGGACGUCCUGCAGAACGUGGGCUUCGACAUGAUGGGCUUCUCCCAGGCAAGCAGCGUGAACUGCUAUGACAUUCCGCAUGCUGAGCUUCACUGCAAAGGUGUAAUCACCGACUUGCCCAUGAACACUUGGAUGCGCGCCCCUGGAGAUUUUGAGGGGGCCAUCAUCAUGGAAGCAGUCAUGGAGCAGGUGGCCAGAGCGGCGCAGAAGGAGCCCUGGCAGCUCCAGGAGGCCAACCUGGCCCCGGGCAUGGAGAAGGCCUGGCAAGCCCUGAAGGCGAAGGCGAAUUUCGACAUGGCCCGAGGGGCAGUCAAGGCCUUCAACGAGUCCAACCGAUAUCGCAAGAGGGGCAUCUACUGCAUGGGCUCACGCUACAAGCUCCCUCCGGCGCAGUGGACCGAGAAGUGCUACCUCAGGAUCAACACAGACGGCUCGGUGAUCUUGGAGCACACCGGUCUGGAGGUGGGCCAGGGCAUGGACACGAAAGCACUCCAGGCGCUGACCAUGGAGCUGAAGAAGAUCGCUGCCGACUUUACCAUGGACAAGAUCAGCAUCCGUCUUCCGAAGAGCACUGCUGACUCCAGCUGGGCAGGCAUCACCGGCACGUAUGGCAGCUGCACCUCAGAGACGGUGGUCAGCGCCAUCCUGGAUGCUGGUGGGAAGCUGCAGAAGGAGCUCGCACCCUACACCACGCCGGGCAAGCUGUGGGCACAGGUCAUCGCUGAUGCAGUCAAGGCCGGCGCCACCCUCUACCAGGCAGGAAAGACCAGUGUGGCCAAGGAACCCCUGUCUGACUAUGACCUCUUCAGCGCCGGCUGUGCGCAGGUUGAGAUCGACGUUCUUACCGGCGAGACCCAGGUGCUGUCCUUCGAUAUCAUCUACGAUUGCGGCAAGAGCCUGAACCCAGCUGUGGACAUCGGUCAAAUCGAGGGCUGUGUCAUUCAAGCCUUGGGCUUUGGCUUGCUGGAAGAGGAGCAGAGGAGACCGGAUGGCGCACUCAUCAACUGUGGCACUUGGGAGUACAAGAUUCCCAGCGGCCAAGAUAUUCCUGUGCGCAUGACGGUGGAGCUUCUCCCCUGUGAGGACCCGAGCGCGCCCGUGAUGGGCUCAAAGGCUUCCGGUGAGCCAGCGAUGCUGCUGGGCGGCGCCACCUUCUUCGCGGUGAAGGACGCCAUCGGCUACGCCCGCGCAGAUCUGGGGCUCAGCCGCGAGUUCCGCCUGGACCCACCUGCCUCUCCAGACAGGAUCCAGGCUGCCUGCGGCACCAAGAUGCCAAACUGA